AUGUUAGCAAAUUAAGAAUUUAGUUGCAGAAUCCCACACCACAAAGUUAUCAAUAAAAAGAUAGUCUAUGUAGUCAUAUUCGUAUCUCAUUCGUAUUGUUCAGCCAAAGUUUAACAUCUCAGAUAUUCGGAUGCUGAAAAACUGCAUAACAAAAUCGAUAAGUAACUAUAGCAAUUACGACAAUCCGUCAAUUUACCGUCCUUUCCUGGAAAGAAAUUGUUUGGUAGUCACAAUGACUCCGAAUCGGGCAUCUUAAGACGUAGAUCUGAUCUCCAAGAUUAUUUCAAUCAACUAUUAAAGAUUGACAAACUGUAUUCUCUCCCUUGCUUGAAACAAUUACUACCCGAUAUCAACGAUGACAAAAGUGAUCUCGUUUAAUAUUUGGAAGACAGACCACUUUAAUAGUAUAACUUCAUUAUCGAUUCAUAUCAACAAUUGGAUAUGUUCGUCUUGUACUUCGUGUAAGUCAUUGACAACUUCAACAAAUCCAAAUGGAGAUUCAAAACCAGAUACUCCGAUCUUAGAGACAUUCAUCAGGCACUCAAGGAAUAAACCAAAAUAGUACUACCUGAAUUUCCAAAAAGAAAAAUAUUUGGCAUCACCAAUGACGAUCCUCAAGAAAUUGAAACUAGAAAGUGCAAUUUAUAAGCCUACUUAAACUCACUCUAUGCGUAUUCAAUUAUCUUUAAAUAGAGUAACCCAGAACUAAUGAAUUCAGAGAUCUUGGAUUACUUCAUUCAAAAUAGUAGGAGAGAAUCCAAAAAACUAUAGAAAUAUGAUGAGCAGAAGAUCUUACUAAAAAUGAAACUUAAAUAGAAGUAGUAGAAAGAGAAGCAAAUUGAACAGCUAUAACAGAAACUAUUGCACAAUAAUGAGAAUUCAAAAAAUGAAAUUAAUACUACCGAUAAACCUAGACUUAACUCCAUCAAAAGAUUACCAAAGAAGGGUCUCUUCACAAUUAAGGAACAACUGGAUAAAUUAGAGGAUGACAACACUACACUCAUUAGAUAUAGUUCAAUACCAUCCAAUCCCUUGACUUAAUUUGGUCAACUGCUUAUCGCCAAACAAUCAGACCAAACCUACGAGAAGGCCAAUUCUGAACCUGAAAUUAGCAAUCAGGACAUGGAUUUUGAAUAGUUAGAUGAGAACAUUCAAAUUCAAAAUGAAAUAAUGCCAAAGGAUCAAGAAGGAUAAUGA